AUGGGGCAGCGAGUGGCCAGGCUGGUCCCGCUCCUCCUCUUCCUGCUCCCCGGACAAUGUGCAGAAGCCUGUGGUAUCAGCAGGUGCUGUUUUCAGGACCCACCAUAUCGGAAUGCAGAUUCAGGCUCAGCUUCAGGUCCCAGAGACCUGAACUGCUACCGGAUAUUUGGUGCCCGUUAUGAAUGCUCCUGGGAGUAUGAGGGCCCCGCAGCUGGAGUCAGCCAUUUCCUGAGGUGCUGCCUCGGGUCCAGGCACUGCUGCUACUUCUCUGCAGGCACAGCCACCAAGCUGCAGUUCUCUGAACAGGAUGGUGUAUCUGUGCUGGACAAUGUCACUCUCUGGGUGGAAUCCUGGGCCGCCAACUGGACAGAGAAGUCGCCCAAGGUUACCCUGAAUCUAUACAGCUCUGUUAAAUACGACCCUCCGCCAGAAGACAUCAAAGUGUCACGGUUAGCAGGGCAGCUGUGCAUGGAGUGGGAGACCCCAGCCCGCCAGGAGAGCGCUGAGGUGCAGUUUCGGCACCGGACACCUGACCGUCCAUGGAAGUUGGGUGACUGUGCAAAUCAGGAUGCUUCUGGCUUUGAGUCGUGCUUCUGCCCGCUGGAGACAAACGAAGCCCAGGAAUUCCAGCUAAGGCGGCGGCAGCUUGGGCCAGGGGCCCUGAGAGGUCCCUGGAGCAGCUGGAGCAGCUCUGUGUGUGUCCCCCCUGACCCGCCCCCACUGCCGGAGGUGCUGUUCUUGGUGGAGCCGCUUGGCCUGGAUGGGAGGAGGCAAGUGACCCUGCAGAGGCAGCUGUUCCAGCUCCAGCUCCCAGAAGGCUGCCAUGGGUCCAAGUCUGGCGCAGAGGUGACCUACCACCUCCACCUGCACAUGCUGUCCUGUACGUGCAAGGCCAAGGCAACGAGGACCCUGAGUCUGAGAAAAGCACUCCACCUCUCGGGUGCUGCCUAUGACCUGGCUGUUGUCUCCAGGAAUCGCUUUGGCCCCGGCCCCAACCAGUCGUGGCACAUUCCUGCCCACACGCACGCAGAACCAGGAGCUCUGAAUAUCAGUGCUGGAGCCAAUGGGACCACUAUGAGUUGGCGGGCCUGGGCUCCAGGCCUGACGUACUGCAUUGAGUGGCAGCCCCAGGGCCAGGACAAGAGCCCCGCCAACUGCACCCUCACUGCGCCCAAAGACCCAGAUUCUGCUGGAACUGUAACCCACCACUGGAGCCAAGCUUCCGGGGCAAUGGGGCAGAAGAUGUGUUACCACAUCACCAUCUUUUCCUCUGCACAACCGAAGAAGCCCACCUCAUGGUCCACAGUCUUAUCCACCUACUACUUUGGGGGCAACGCCUCAGAGGCUGGGAGCCCACAGCACAUUUCAGUGAAGAUGCUCAGCCCAAACUCGGUGACUGUGGACUGGAUGCCAUCUCUGCUGAGCACCUGCCCUGGCGUCCUAAAGAAGUACAUUGUACGCUACCAGGACGAAGACAGCAACCAGGUGUCUGAGCUGCCCGUGAACCCCACAGAGACCCAGGUCACCCUUGGUGGUCUGAGGGCUGGCACAGCCUACAGCGUGCGGGUGCGAGCGGACACCGCGACACUGAGGGGCACCUGGAGCCAGCCCCAGGGCUUCCGAAUGGAAGUGCAGCUUUCGGAGGCGGAGUCGCCUGAUUUGUCCUCCAUCCCCGUCAUCCUCGCGUCUCUGGGGAGCUUCCUGAGCAUUCUCCUCCUGGGUGUCCUUGGGUACUUCAGCCUGAACAGGGCCUUGCCGCACCUGUGCCCGCCCCUGCCCACACCCUGUGCCAGCACUGCUGUUGAGUUUCCUAGCAGCCAGGGGAAGCAGGCUUGGCAGUGGGUCAGCCCAGGAGACUUUCCGGUGGAGGAGGAAGAGUCCCUGAAAGAGGCCCUGGUGGUGACCAUGCCCUUUGAAAAAGGCGAAGUGGCUGACCUGGACACACCCAGCCCUCUCAAGGACAAGAUAGAGCUGCCUCAGGGCACCCUUGAGUCAGCCCUAGACACAGAGCUGCCCUUGGAGGACAGGAGACAGGUGCAAGGACACCUUGAGACCAGGGUGCUGGGGCCCAGUGGGAAGAACAGUCUGGAGGGCAGUCCUGCCCAGGAAACUGGACUGUCCCUGCUCCUGGGAGAUCACAUGCAGAGUCCUAGGGCCAAUGGUCCUUGA